AUGUGGCAAUCGAUAUUGUUGCUGACUGUAAUUGUGAUGAUCAAUUGUGAUAAUGUGAUAAACACCGCUCAGGGUAAGCUGAGAGGUGUACCUCACGAUGGAUAUGUGUUGUACACCGGUAUUCCUUAUGCUACAAUCAGUAACUCUUCAGAAAGGUUCAAAAAAGGCAGUUUCGCACCAAUAUGGACCGGGAUCCGGGAAUCAGAACAGCUUCAUUGCUCCUUCUUCUCCAGAGCCGAAGACUGUCUGCAUUUGGACAUUUAUGUCCCUUCCAAAAAGAAUUCCCUGUGGCCAGUCCUCGUUUGGGUAAAAGGUGGCAGUGGUACGUACCAUCCUGGUAAAUUGGUCGGGCAGGAUAUAAUUGUUGUUAUUGUUAGUCAUAGAAUCGGUCCAAUUGGAUUCCUUGGCACGAACGACGAGAACGUGCCAGGAAACGCGGGCGUUAAAGAUGUAGUUCUCGCUUUGCAAUGGGUUAGGGAUAACAUAGUAGCAUUUAAAGGUAAUUCAAAUAAAGUAGUUAUAGCUGGACAGAGUUUUGGAGCAGCUAUGGUGGAAGCUGUAACGCUAUCACCAAUGUCACAUAAUUUAUACCAUGGAGUGAUAUUGCAAAGUGGUAGUAUACUGUGUCCUUGGGCGUUUAAUUAUGAUAUGACAGAAAGAGCUAUGGCUUUAGGCAAACUAAUUUCAGACACUGAUGAUUUUACUUCUGUUCUAAUAAACAGCGACAUCGGAGAAUUAGUUUCGAAGUGUGAUAAACUAGAUGUACCGUAUUUUCCAUUUGGAAUAGGCGUAGAAACAAUUAAAAGCAAAGAACGAUUACUAGAUGACGCACCGUACGAAUUGCUUAAACAUGGAGGUCGUACUGUGCCUAUAAUGAUAGGCUAUAAUAAUAACGAAGCUUAUGUAUUUGCGACAAUGCUCAGGCAAGCUAACGUGCGCAAGAAAGUAAGUAAAGAUUUAUCAUUUCUGCUACCAGAAGAAUUGAAGUUUAUGAAUGAGAGAGAAGUGAAGCAAGUUGUUAGACAAAUUGAAGAUAUGUAUUUCAAAGACAACAGCAGUUUAGCUGCCGCGUUAGCCUAUCACAGAGAUGCAUAUUUCGUGAGUCACAUACAUAGAAGUGUGUCUCUUCACUCGUCCGUUGCUGAUCAGACUGUAUAUUAUUACCAGUUCUCUUACACUGGAAAUGUUGGUGUGAAGCCUGAACCAGGAAUCGUGAAGGUGGGAGCAGCCCACUCCGAUGAACUGGCUUAUUUGUUCUCCGAUGAGGACUUAGAAGGCGACGAUGAGGCUAUGCAACAGACAAUGGUGCGGUUGUGGUCCAAUUUUGUGAAAUUUUUAAAUCCCACUCCUCAGCACAGCAGCAAACCUCGCUGGGAGAUGGUGGACCCGUCAAAUCCUCGACUACUGGACAUCGAUAAGGAGGUCACAAUGAAAGAGUUUCCAUAUAAGAAGGCUGUGAAAGUAUGGAAGGAGAUUUACGACAAGUUUUAUUACUCGAGGAAUCGUAUCACAAAACAUUGAGUUUUUUUUGUAUAGUCUAUACAU